AUGGCUGAAGAGGUCGACUAUGAGGCACUCCCAUUCGACGCGAGCAUUGGGGUUAACAUGCUCGCAGGAGCUCUGGCUGGUAUCACCGAGCACGCAGUCAUGUUCCCUGUAGACAGCAUAAAAACACGAAUGCAAGUAUUCGCCACCUCACCUGCCGCUGUUUAUACAGGGAUCGGAAAUGCAUUCACUCGGAUAUCAUCUACGGAAGGCAUGCGAACUCUGUGGCGAGGAGUCUCUUCAGUCAUAUUGGGCGCGGGACCAGCACACGCAGUUCACUUUGGGACGUAUGAGGUGAUGAAGGAAUUAGCGGGUGGAAAUGCUGCUGGAAAUCAAUGGCUUGCAACAUCACUGGCAGGUGCAUCUGCGACCAUUGCUAGCGAUGCCCUCAUGAACCCCUUCGAUGUCAUCAAGCAACGCAUGCAGGUGCAUCAGUCGGAGUUCCGCUCCGUGUUUACUGCAAUGCGUGUCGUGUACCAGACAGAAGGCCUCUCCGCGUUUUAUGUCUCGUAUCCCACAACCUUGACGAUGUCAGUCCCAUUCACGGCCGUGCAGUUCACAGUCUAUGAACACAUGAAAAAGCUCCUAAAUCCAUCGGGCGACUACUCACCCAUCACGCAUAUGAUCGCAGGUGGUAUGGCGGGCGGCGUGGCCGCAGGUGUCACCACUCCCCUGGAUGUCGCAAAAACCCUUUUGCAAACCAGAGGCACAUCACAUGACCCCGAGAUUCGAAGAGUCGGGGGGAUGUUGGACGCACUUCGUAUAAUAUGGAGGAGAGAUGGAAUAAGAGGGUUUGGAAGGGGAAUGUCACCACGAAUUUUGACGCAUAUGCCCAGUAACGCGUUAUGUUGGCUAUCAUAUGAGUUUUUCAAGGUUGCUAUUCGCGAGCAAUGAUAGAAUCGCGUCCUCCAUAGACAGUAAGGCACGGACCGCACUUGCAUGAUGUCACUUAGUGUCAUUUCAUCACAUCUAUCUCCAUUACAUUACUAUCAGGUUAUUCCAGUCAGCUGCUAUAUAACACUGACAGUCUUUAGAGACCCACAUGCUGAGGUUCAGUACAAGACCAAUGAGGCAUCUUGCCAGAAAACAAAGUGUAAAUGUCAUACCACACUGCAAACCUACAGACUGAGUAUAACAGCUACUGUGGCUACUGUUACCAUGCGACAUAUUAUUGGCUCGUGGAAUCAACUCACUCAGGUUCGACGUAGUCCUCCUAUUCGGACUUUGGACUCAAUGGUAGAUCCCACGAUGUACACGUUGGUUGGGUGCGGAAGUCGAGAACGCUGAUGGACCCCUCGCAAAGAAUAGAAUAAGUUAUGUUUAGCUCGAGGUCGUCGAGGAAAUGUGGGGUAUACUGCGUAUAAUG